GAAACCAACUAACGACGAAGAAGUUUCCUUGGAUUCAUGACCUCCUCUAAACAAAACCCUCCGGCGUCUGCGUAUGGGUCCAUCAAAACCCUAGAUUCCCCGCUUCUCUCUUCCUGUUUGUUUCUCUCUCCUCACAUUCUUCUCGGUUUAAGAAUAAGCGUGGAUUCGUACUCUGAGGUGCUAAAUUAGCAUGCCAAUGCAUAUAUAUGGUUUUGCACUAAUUGAUUGUCCCAGGGAAGGUAACUUAAAGCCUUAAACUCUUAAUUAAGUUUCCAAAGAAUGGAUUUGGAAGAUAAAUUCCUUGCUAAAGUUUCUGGCAUUCAAAGCCUUUCUUCCAGUGUCCAAAGCACACCGGAGAAAAAUGGACAUUCAGAUGAUGCUUCAAGAAGUCCAGAACUUCUCCAGAAGUUACUGAAAUCUGGUCCAAAGAGAGAGCUUCUUCGAACUUGUUUUGAGAAGGAAAAGAGAAAUUUAACUUCAUCGAAGUGCAAAAUGACAGAAGUGAAAACAAGCAAUAAAACACUCAAGAACCAGGAGCCAAGAAAAACUUCUUCAAUCCCCAAUGGCCAGCUUUCUUCUAGGAAGCAACACAGAAAGGGGGAAAACCCAGUUCGACUUGCACCAGUUGCAGAGCAGGCUUCAGACUAUGGAUGUUUGCACUCCUGGAUCUGUAAAAAUUCUGCCUGUAGGGCUGUGUUAUCCAUAGAUGACACAUUUUGCAAGAGGUGUUCAUGCUGCAUCUGUCACCUGUUCGAUGACAACAAGGACCCAAGUCUUUGGUUGGUAUGUACAUCUGAAUCUGGUGAGGGAGACUCAUGUGGGUUGUCUUGCCACAUUGAGUGUGCCCUCCAGCGUGAAAAGGUGGGGGUUGUUAAUCUGGGGCAAUUGAUGCAGCUUGAUGGGAGUUAUUGUUGUGCUUCUUGCGGUAAAGUUUCAGGAAUACUUGGAUGCUGGAAGAAGCAACUGGCUAUAGCUAAGGAUGCUCGCCGUGUUGAUGUCCUCUGUCAUAGGAUAUUAUUGAGUUUCCGGCUUCUGGAUGGUACCUGCAGGUUUAAAGAUUUACACGAAAUUGUAAGAGAUGCCAAGGCCAAACUGGAGACAGAGGUUGGUCCAGUGGAUGGAGUUUCAGCCAAGAUGGCACGGGGUAUUGUCAGCAGACUCUCCAUUGCUGGCGAUGUGCAGCAACUCUGCUCUCUUGCUAUUGAAAAAGCAGAUGAAUGGCUGGCCUCUGUUUCAAAGGAUUCACUUCCUGCCGCUUGCAAGUUUCUAUUUCAAGAAGUGACAUCUUCUUCUGUUGUAAUCAUUUUAAUAGAACUGUUUAACACAUCGUCUAAUAAUAUUAAGGGAUACAAACUCUGGUAUUGUAAGAGUAGAGAGGAGAAAUACCCAAAGGAGCCUAUUUGUGUCUUUCCAAGAGCCCAAAGAAGGAUUUUGAUAUCAAAUCUGCAGCCCUGCACAGAAUACACUUUUCGAAUAGUUUCUUAUACUGAGGAUGGUGAUUUGGGUCACUCUGAGGCGAAGUGUUUCACCAAAAGUGUGGAGAUAAUCCACAAAAAUUCCAAUUCAGCAGUUGCCGUGAUUCAUAAAAAAGAGAAUCUUACCCUUGAAGGGAGUUCUAGUGCGAAGAAGGAGCCGAUAACUAUGACAGCUGAUGGAUCUUCUCUAGGAUUCAAGGUAAGAGACCUUGGAAAGAUCCUGCAGCUUGCUUGGGCUCAAGAACAAGGCUGCUUCGAGGGGUUUUGCAGUGUUGAUAUAGAAAAUUGUUGUGGAAUAAGCAAAGCAAUGAAGCAUGAAACUGCAGAAGAGCAGGUUCCAUGUGUUUCACGUGGGCUCGACUUAAAUAUUGUUUCUGUGCCUGACCUGAAUGAAGAGCUAACCCCUCCAUUAGAUUCUUCCAAGGAUGAAAAUAAUGGAUGUACUUUGGAGCAGGCUGUUGAUGCAGAUGAUGAUGUUGUUUCUCAUGAUACUGAGAAGAAUAUUCUAGCAAGGUCACAUGGCAAUGGAGAUUCCCAGGCAUGGACCCAUGGGCAAACUGGAGAGUUGGUAGCUGUUGAUUCCCAGCCUGAAUUGUGCAGGAAAAGGGCAGCAUGCACAAACGAAGAGAUGCUUGAGUGUGACAGCACUCUGAUUAAUGGGUCACCAUUUCGAAUCGCAAACAGCUCUGGUUGCUUAGACGAGAACUUUGAGUACUGCGUGAAGAUUAUCCGAUGGCUGGAAUGUGAGGGUUACAUUAAACAGGAAUUUAGGCUGAAAUUGUUAACAUGGUUUAGCUUGAGAUCAACAGAGCAGGAACGCAGAGUGGUCAACACCUUUAUUCAAACGCUGAUUGAUGAUCCAAGUUGCCUGGCGGGACAGUUGGUUCACUCCUUCUCUGAUAUGGUAUCCAACAAGAGGCCACGAAAUGGUUUCUGUAGUAAACUUUGGCACUGAUUGAGUUGGAAUUCUGAAAAGAAGGGGUUUGCUUCCUUAUCAUUUAUCGUUCUUGUGACUGGUGGAUUUUGCCGUUCUUUGUACAUGCAUUUUUUCGUAAUCACCCUCGAAAGUGAUUCAUUUGUGUUACAGACAACUCAAUCACAACCAAAAGAUGUGGGUUGCUGUAUGCAGAGGCAGUUAGUCAUUUUUCGUGGCAGGAAGUGGGGUUCUCAGACCAGAGAUGUUGAAUUAGGGGGCAUUUGUCAUUCCUGUAUGUCCCUCCUAUUUGAAGCAGUAGAAGCAGUUUAGUCAGUGGAGGAUAUUCAUGUUUCUGUAUAUUCUGUUAUUAUUGCCUUAUAUUAUUAGUAUUCAAGGGAAGUUGGGUAAAUGAAUCUGGUAUUUACUUGCAUGGGGUUACAUUUCUCUAUGCAGUCUUGUGAUUUAUCUGCCUGCAACAACUCACCUGCUGCCCAUCUUUUUGUGGUUAGUCUCUGAUUGAAAACAUGUAAUGCACUGCUGUUCAUGUGGGGUUCGUCUUGUGGCAAAUGACGUAGUUUAUAGAUUGAGAUAUUUAGCAUUGCAAUUGAUGGUCAGCAAUGGCAAGACAAGGACAAUGGAUUUUCUAUUGUGGGUAGGAAAUUUCACUGUAACGGGAGAAAAAGAAGUAAAAAGAUUUAAAUGUAGGAAUAGAAGUACUGAAAUAGUUCAUUUGAACUUUGUUUCCCA